CCUACUCGUUCCGUAUCUUGCUGGCAAUCGCAACAACGAAUAAGGGCAGAAAGCAAAAUAUCGCAGUGAAGAAAAAAGCUUAAAAGUCUUCACGAAGUGACGCUCUCGAAAUGAUGCGCUGUAUUUUUCUUCUCCUCGGUUUGCUUUUGCCGAUUGCGACUGGCUUCUGCGGCACCACGCUACGACCUACAAGAACCGCCGUCUCCAACUCGCGUCUUGUGCGGGGACGAAAAGAGACGGUUGCUUUGGGGGCUUCGUCUAGAGCAUACGAUGAAUGCGACGUGGCAGUAAUGGGAGGGGGCUUUGGUGGGCUGUACACGGCGCUGCAAAUUUCUCGCGAAUCGAAGAAGAAGGGGAAAAAUCUCAAUGUCGCUCUCGUCGAUCCCUCGGAUCGGUUUGUCUUUUUGCCGUUGCUGUACGAUCUCACCAUGGGGACGGCGUCAGAAGGUGAAGUUUGCCCGACGUUCAACGAACUUCUGGAAGGAACAGGCGUGCGCCAUAUUCGGGCUUCCUUCGAUGGUUUUUCAAAGAGUUCUGCAAACAAUAAUGGACCCUCCGAGGCUGUGUUGACGACUGUUUGCAAGCCGGUGUAUCCCGAAGAAGAACAAGAAAGUGGCGAUUCCAUUUAUCUCUCGUUUGAUGCAGCAGUAGUCGCUGUAGGUGCAACGCCCCAGUCAAUCCUAGCGUCGAUUCCCGGUGCUUCUGAAUUGGCCCAGCCAUUCUAUACCAAAGAAGACGCAUACGCAACCCGUGAAUUGUUGUUUCGAAUGGACCAAAAAGUGAGACAAGGAGAAAGCCCCCGGAUAGCUGUCGUCGGAGGUGGUUAUGGAGGGGUUGAGUUGUCGGCGUGCGUUGCUCGACGAUUGCCGAAGGCUCGCGUAACAAUGAUGAGUCGAGGACCGCCCAUGGCUGGAACCAAAGCAGAGCCUCUAGUGGAGCAGGCCCUCAAGAAACUAGGCGUUGAUUGCGAGAUGAAUGAUGUUUUAGAGAUCCAAAAGGAAGGAAACAAUAAAUUUGUGAUCAAACGAUCAAAUGCAGAAGGGGAUAAUUCUGAUAAUGAUAUUGAUGAUCUGUGGGACGCUGUCUUAUGGACGGCGGGGAGUGGCCCAUCCUACCCAAUUGCAAACGAUGUAGAUUGUGAGCUUGCCUUGUCGUCUUCGGGGCGAUUGAGGGUCGACAAAUCAAUGCGCUGCUCUUUCAAAGAAGAAAAGUCCGCCGAAGAUGCAUCGAAACCAGCAUCAUUUCCUUCGGUAUGGGCUCUUGGAGAUUGUUCCGAAAUCGUUCCGGCAUCACAGCCCGCGACUCCACGGACGGCGCAAGCCGCUAUGCAGCAGGCGGAUGUUGUCGCAUCGAAUGUGCUUGCAAAUAUAUCCAACCGGAAAACAGAUCCGAAAACCUUUGAGUUUCAAGAUCUUGGCAGCAUGCUUUCUCUCGGCGGACCCAAUGCCGCCAUUCUUGGACCCGAUGAAGACAGCCAGAUAGGCUCUUUGUUGGUUCCACUCUUAGAUACAGCCCGAGUGGGCCUUGGUGUAGCAGAUAGUAUCUUUGCUGGGAUUGUCAAUUCCCCACAAAUCGACAAAAAUGGUGAUCUAAAACCGGUUGUGGAGAACUUGGGCCUUAGCUUGGGAGGGUACGGCCUCGGUGUCGAUCCAGAAACGACACCGGGAACACUGUCCGGCACUCUAAGUGGCGCUGGAAGAAGAGCUGUUUACGCGUUGAGGAUGCCAACGAACAAACAGCGGGCCUACGCGGGAGCGUCUGCAUUUUUAUCCUCUGCUCUGGCAUUGGCGAAAGAGGCAUCCGACCAAAUCGAAAAAAGUAGCGAGAAACGUCGAUGACAUAAUAUAAGUUAUCAAACAUA